AUGUCCAAAAGGAAGCUUAAGGCUCCCGACAAGGCCGAGAGGCUCGAGCAGCGAGCCGCUAAGCUCCUCAAGCAAGCAGCAGCAUUGAGAGCUCGGCUGGAUGGGAAGGCAACCAAGAAAGAUGCUGCCUCUAAGCCUUCGGGCGCCAAUGUCAAGGAUGAUGUUGUGACGAAGCCAAGUACUGGCGCUAACGGCUCUGAUUCACCGGCUGUGGUAGUUGACGAUGCCACAGCUGUCGAUGAGGCUAUCGCUGCCCAACUCCGAGACACGGCUAAGGCAUUGAAGGAAGGUGCCGAGAAGAAUCAAGGGGCUGAGAAUCAAGAAGACACCAAUGACCAUAUGGAUGUUGAUGAAGAGCCAGAGCACGAAGUGAAGAGCAAGAAGGAGAAGAAAAAGGAAAAGAAGGAUAAGAAGAAGGAGAAGAAAGAGAAGAAACAGAAAGUCGAGGACAAACACGCUGACUCUCCAGAGGUCGCUGAGACGGCUAUGGACGUUGAUAACACUCCGGUAGCUGAUGAAGAGGAGGACGCUAAACCCAAGAAGGACAAGAAGGAUAAGAAAGACAAGAAAAAGAAGAAGAAGGACAAGCAAAUCGAGGAAGCGGUGGAUGUCGAAAAGGAUGGCGCCGAGGCCGUAGUUGACAUUGCUGAGCCUGAACAGGAACCAGAUAUCGCUACCCCUAAGGAGGACAAGAAGGCCAAGAAACAGGGAAAGAAGCGCAAACAUGAGCAGAACUCUCCCGAGGAUGUCAAGCAGACUCCUGCUAGCGGCAUCGAGGAAAAGGCUGAUGACGCGGAGCGGAAGGACAAGAAGAAAAAGAAGGACAAGAAGGAUAAAAAGGAUAAGAAAAGCAACUCCGUGACAAAGCCUUCCUCCGAAGCGACUCCAUCCGCCGGAAACACCCCGGCGACGUCCGCCAACUGGAACGUCGGUGCCUUGGAGGGAGGAUCGGAGAGACAGAAGAAGUUUAUGAGACUGCUUGGCGGUGGCAAGGGUGCUGCACCCAGCACUUCUCAAACGCAGACUCGUUCUUCUUCGUCCUCCGGCUUUGAUAUUAACCGGGUCCAGAAUGACCUCCAAAGGCAAUAUGACACGGGCCUCAAGAUGAAGUUUGAUACCCAGGGCAAGAGGAAGGGCUUGGGAGCGUAA